AUGUGGCGCCUCAUGGUUCUGAUGGUUCUGCUGUGCGGCUCCGUGACCGCGCUGGUGUCUCCUCCCGCGGACAGUGACGGGCUGUUUUACGCGCUCCGCUCCGAGCUGUCAGAGGACGCGAUCCUCGUAGCCAAUAACGGGAUCCGUGCACCGUUCGGGAGGUCCGUCUACAUCGACCCCAUCAACGACCUGGUCAUCCAGACGCAGCCGGGGGACAGGUGCAGCAUCACGGUCCUGGACAACGACCCGCUCUCCCAGAGACCCGGGCAUCUCUCUCCCAAAAAGUUUCCCUGUGAUUUCGGUCCCAAUGACGUGGUGUAUUCCCACUUCGGCUCCCGCAGUCCCACCAGAGACCGAGUGAAGCUGCAGCUCAGGUACGACACUCAGACUGAGACCGUGAUUAUCCCGUUUAUGAUGGAGGUGGAGGUGGUCUUUACGCAGCUGGAGCUCCUCACCAAAAACAUGCCUCUCACUGUAGACACGCUCCGGGGCAAAAGCAACAGCAUCGACAGGAGAACAGUGGAGUUUACUUAUGACAGAGACUUGUACAAAUGUGAAGUGACGUCACUGUCCGGGGGGAGCGGGCUGCCCAGAUACGGGACUCUCCUGGACGCGGGGAAACUUUCUUCCAUGAUGGACUGUGACGAGUUUACGAGCGCAGGCAUCAGCUACGCGCACACGUCCGAGCGCAGACCCCCCAACAGAGACUACGUGCCGAUGGUGGUGGAGCUGCACGACCUGGAGGGAAACCCGCUGAAGCAGGAGUACUUUCAUCUGAUGGUGCGCAUCAGAGAAGGGCAGGAGAACACGGCCCCCAACCCCAGCUUCGUGUCCAUGAUGAUGAUGGAGGUCGGCCAGUUUGUGAUGACAGCCCUCACCUCCGACAUGCUCGCGGCCGAAGACGCAGAGUCAAACCCAGACGAGUUAAUAUUCAACAUCACGUCUCCUCUGUCCUAUGAGGAGGGCUACAUCGUGAGCACAGACGACAGAAACUUACCCAUCACCUCCUUCUACCAGAGAGACCUGCGUGACCUGAAGAUCGCCUACAAACCUCCAUCCCUGGACUCGGACACGGAGCGGAUAUUUCAGGUGGAGUUUGAGAUCGUGGACACAGACGGAGCCAUCUCAGACUCGUUUGCGUUUAUGAUUGUGGUGAAGCCGAUGAACAAUCUGGCUCCUGUCGUGACCAGGAACACGGGGCAGCUGCUGUACGAAGGCCAGUCCAGACCUCUGUUCACGGCUCAGAACUUAGAGAUCAGUGAUGAGGAUAACCUGGACAUGGUGACUCUGACAGUGGUGGAUGGUUUAAAGCAUGGGGCUCUGCUGGUGUUGGGCUCAGACAGGACCUUUUUCACCGCCGCCGACCUCACCACGGGGGCAGUGGUUUACCAGCACGACGGCAGCGACACAUACAGCGACAAUAUUGUGUUUAAAAUGACAGACGGAAAACACGAAGUAGAGUUUCUGUUCCCCAUCACCAUCGUCCCGACAGACGACGAGCCCCCGAUUAUUAACGCCAACACGGGUUUAGUUUUAUUCAAAAACCAAAUAAUGCCGAUCUCUCCUCUGAUGUUAAGUGCCGCAGAUAUCGACUCGGAAGAUUCCACGAUUAAGUUCACGGUCGUUUCUCCCUUUUCCUCGAUCGGGACGGUGCUGCUCCGACAGUCAGAUGCCCCGGAGGACCCCUCGUCCUGGAAGUUCAACUCUGAGGAUGAGAUGUAUGAGAAGGAAGUGAAAGAGUGGCUCCAGAAGGACAUUACUGACGGGAAGCUGUUUUAUAAGCACGUUGGGCCACACACCACAGACACCAUCAUGGACCAGUUUCUCUUCACGGUCCAGGACGACAACGACCCACCCAACCAAUCCGGGGAGAGCGUGUUUUUAGUCCGAGUUUUACCCAUAGACGACGUUCCCCCAGAGCUUUUCCCUGGCACCACUUUGCAAAUGACGGUUCAGGAAUACAAACUCACACACUUCAGUAAGGACGUUUUACGCUACACCGAUCUGGACUCCGAGGACCGAGACCUCAAAUACACAGUCACUCAACCUCCCACAGACAUGGACGAGAACAACCCGGUUCUGUUUGGUUCUUUAGUCCUGAGUGACAGCCCUGGGACCGAAGUCAGAGAGUUCACGCAGGCUCAAGUGAAUCACCACAAAGUCUCGUAUGCGCCGCCGGACGUGGAGCUGGGCAUCACGGCUCACGUUGUGCAGUUCAAGUAUUCAGUGGAAGACACAUCUGGCAACACGGUAGAAGGAACGUUCACUAUUUACCUUCAACCUGUGAACAACAAGCCUCCGCAGAUCACCAACACCGGCUUCACGGUGCUGGAGAGAGGCUCGCACGUCAUCACUGCUGCCGAGCUGGACGCCUCUGACCCCGACACCGAGCUCCAGCACAUCACCUUCACCGUAAGUAAACUUCCACAACACGGACAAAUCCAACGUGAUUUUUCAGACCUGGGAUUGAAAGCUGUUUUCAGGCUCGAAGACAUAAUCCAAAGAAAGAUAUCGUACUUUCACAACGGCGAGGAGACGCUGGCGGACGAGUUCCAGGUGGACGUGAGCGAUGGAAUGCACGUGGUGACGGUGACGGUCAGAAUUGGGGUCAGACCCAUUGAUGACGAAACCCCCACGGUCAGUUUACCAGCGGGAACAAUCGGCUCUCACAUGGACGUGUUGGAAAAUGCCGCUACUGAAAUAACAACAAACGUAAUCCAAGGCCACGACGAUGACACAGACGAUCUGCAGCUAACGUUUAUCGUGGAAGACCCUCCCGCCGCGGGGGAGAUUCUAGUCAAAGGCGUUCCGGCGAAUAGAUUCACACAAGCCGACAUUAUCAACGGGUUAGUUGUGUAUGCGCACACUGGUGGGGAGAUCGGCUUAACCUCGCAACAAGACGGUUUUAAUCUAACGCUCACGGACAUGUCUGAGGACUGGACCGUCGGAGGGAAUAAAGUCAACGGAGUCCAGGUCAGAAUCACUGUUUUACCCGUGGACAGCCAGCCUCCUGAAGUGGGCGUGGGAGAGCAGUUCAGUGUGAUCGAAGGUGAGAAAUACGCCAUCGGACCUCAGCAUCUAAACGCAGACGACAGCGACACGCCCUCAGAAGACAUACUCUGCACUAUCGUAGUCCAACCCAAGGCGGGGUACGUGGAGAACAUCUCUCCUGCUCCCGGAUCGGAAAAGUCUAGAUCAGGAACAGCCAUAAGCGCGUUCACCAUAAGAGACAUUAGAGAAAGCAAUAUUUACUACGUGCAGAGUAUCCACAAAGGGGUGGAGCCGGUGGAAGAUAGAUUUACGUUCACUUGCUCCGAUGGCGUCAACUUCUCUGAAAACCACUUAUUCCCAAUUGUCAUAAUUCCAGCCAAUGACGAGAAACCGGAGAUCUACCUGCGCGAGAUCGUGGUCAUGGAAGGCAUGAACAUUGUAAUCGACACGCCUCUUCUGAACGGUGGCGACAUGGACGUCCCGGCGGAAGAACUCGUCUUCACCGUCUCCAAACCUCCCAAACACGGCGCCAUCUUGAACCAGCUCUCCACCGGCUCCGUCCCGGUCACCAACUUCACCCUGGAGCAGAUCCGUGAAGCGUCCAGCAUCAUUUAUGAACACGACGACUCAGAGACGACAGAGGACAGCUUUGAGGUGGUUCUGUCGGACGGGAAGUACUCUGUGCACAAAACCGCUGUCGUCAUGAUAGUAUCCGUUGACGACGAAACCCCGAGAAUGCUCAUUAACGACGGGUUGGAGGUGGAGGUCGGCGAGACCAAAGGCAUCGGCAGCAACGUGCUCAAAGCCACGGAUUUGGACUCAGACGACAGCUCGCUCACUUACAUUGUCCGAUUCGGGCCUGGCCAGGGCUUACUGCAGAGAAGAACGCCCUCUGGCUCUUUGCAAAACAUCACAGUCGGGAUGAAUUUCACACAAGAAAACAUCGACGCAGGUUUGAUCAGCUACACCCACAACGGACAGGAAGGCAUUCGAGAUCUGGUGAAGUUUGACGUCACGGAUGGCAUGAACCCGCUGAUCGACCGCUACUUCUACGUCACCAUCGGCAGCAUCGACAUGGUUUUCCCGGAUGUCGUUAGCAAAGGCGUGUCGCUGAAAGAAGGCGGGAGAGUGACUUUGACCACGAACCUCCUCAGCACCACCGACAUGAACAGCCCAGACGAGAACCUGGUGUUCACGGUGACCAGAGCCCCAGUGAGAGGCCACCUGGAGUGCACCGACCGGCCGGGGGUCCCCAUCGCCUCCUUCACACAGCUGCAACUCGCCGGCAGCAAAGUCUACUACAUCCACACUUCGGACGACGAGAUCAAAAUGGACAGUUUUGAGUUCGAGGUCACGGACGGCUACAAUCCCAUAUUCAGGACUUUCCGUAUUUCUAUUGUUGACGUCGAUAACAAAAAACCCGUCGUUACCAUAAACGUGUUGCUAGUCAGCGAAGGCCAGAGCAAACUGAUCACGCCUUUUGAAUUGACCGCCGAGGAUCAAGACACGCCAGAAAAGAAAUUAAAAUUCACAAUAACUCAACUUCCUGUCCACGGGAAGCUGCUGUACAACCAGAGCUCGCCUGUCGCUAGCUUCACCAAACAAGACCUGAACGAGAAUCUGAUCAGUUACAAACACGACGGCACCGAAUCCUCCCAAGACUCUUUCUCGUUCACCAUCACCGACGGCACGCACACGGACUUCUACGUUUUCCCCGAUACCGUUUUUGAGACGAGGAAACCGCAGACGAUGAGGAUAACGAUCGUGGGGCUGGACAACGGGGCGCCGCAGAUCGUGGUGAAUAAAGGCGCGACGGCGUUGAAGAUUCUGCCGACGGGACGCUUGGGGUUCCCUCUGAGCCCGAAGGUUCUGAAGGCCGUGGACAGAGACAGCGCUCCGGAGUCGCUGCUGUUUCGCAUCACGCUUCAACCCAAACACGGUGACAUCAUCAACACGAGACAAGGGAACAACUCCAUCGCCACCUUCAGCCAAGAGUUGCGGCGAGAGAGGGCGAGACACGGCGAGAGAGGGCGAGACACGGCGAGAGAGGGCGAGGGGCGGCGAGAGAGGGUGAGACACGGCGAGAGAGGGCGAGACACGGCGAGGGGCGGCGAGAGAGGGCAAGACACGGCGAGAGAGGGCGAGACACGGCGAGAGAGGGCGAGGGGCGGCGAGAGAGGGCGAGAGAGGGUGAGACACGGCGAGAGAGGGCGAGAGAGGGCGAGACACGGCGAGGGGCAGCGAGACACGGCGAGAGAGGGCGAGGGGCGGCGAGGGGCGGCGAGAGAGGGCGAGAGAGGGCGAGAGAGGGUGAGACACGGCGAGAGAGGGCGAGAGAGGGUGAGACACGGCGAGAGAGGGCGAGAGAGGGCAAGAGAGGGCGGCGAGAGGGCGAGAGAGGGCGAGAGAGGGCGGCGAGAGGGCGAGAGAGGGCGGCGAGAGGGGCGAGAGAGGGCGGCGAGAGGGCGGCGAGAGGGCGAGAGAGGGCGGCGAGAGGGCGAGAGAGGGCAAGAGAGGGCGAGAGAGGGCGAGAGAGGGCAAGAGAGGGCAAGAGAGGGCGAGAGAGGGCAAGAGAGGGCGAGAGGCCGGCGAGAGGGCAGCGAGAGGGCGAGAGAGGGCGAGCAAGAGGGCGAGAGAGGGCGGCGAGAGGGCGAGAGAGGGCGAGAGAGGGCGAGAGAGGGCAAGAGAGGGCGAGAGAGGGCAAGAGAGGGCGAGAGGCCGGCGAGAGGGCAGCGAGAGGGCGAGAGAGGGCGGCAAGAGGGCGAGAGAGGGCGGCGAGAGGGCGAGAGAGGGCGAGAGAGGGCGAGAGAGGGCAAGAGAGGGCGAGAGGCCGGCGAGAGGGCAGCGAGAGGGCGAGAGAGGGCGGCGAGAGGGCAGCGAGAGGGCGAGAGAGGGCGGCAAGAGGGCGAGAGAGGGCGGCGAGAGGGCGAGAGAGGGCGAGAGAUGGCGGCGAGAGGGCGAGAGAGGGCGAGAGAGGGCGAGAGAGGGCGGCGAGAGGGCGAGAGAGGGCGAGAGAGGGCGAGAGAGGGCGGAGGAUCAGGAGUUAAUCUGAGUCGUUCUUCAUCCAAUCAUAAUCGGGGCCAAAGUAGAAGCUGA